GCUCACAUAAAUAAUUAGUUAUCAUCUUCAACUACUAAAUAAUACAAAUAAGCUCGUUUAGCAGCCGCAGCUGGGUAGCGAGCCAUGGCAACGUCGACAAGCUCGUUGGUGAUGGCGGGAAUCCAAGUCCCUCAAACCCGAUGGGACUCUUCCGUUUCCAAAAGGAGGAGAAGCAUGGUUAGGGUUAACAUCCCCCUUCCCGCCGCUUCUUUUUCUUUGACCCGUUUCCACUUUCCCUCAGCUUCAGCCCCUGCAGCUUCCCAGUGGCUGGGUGACGUUAGAGAUAUGAAUUCUAUUGAAUUAUACCAGAAUAGGAAUAAUAAUACGGUUAGGAAGUUGAAGAUGAUGAAGAAGAAGACGAGCGAUGCUCCCAAAGCAUGGAAAUGGAGCGCCUCUGUCUCAAGCUCACAACAGUUGAAAACUUGGGUUCCCUGCUGUUCUUGCCGUAGCUGCUGUUCUUCCCUUAGCCGCAACUGCUACGGCAAGACCACACCGUUUCCUACCUCAAAAUCUUUGCCGUCGUUCUUUCGCCAGAGAUCUUGCUUUCCUCUCUCUGCCCACACAUUCAAAACUCGUGGCAAUUAUAUCCGUCCUCUAUGUGCUACUGUUGGUCCAAAUGAACCGCAUGCAGCAAGUACUGCCUUGCCAGCUGGUCUUCUUGCAAAGCAAGAUUUUGAUUCAUUAUAUCCUCAAUUACAAACAACUGAACUAGAGGGUUUUUUGUGUGCUGAACUUCCUUCCCACCCGAAGUUGCACCGAGGACAAUUGAAAAAUGGCCUUCGCUACCUUAUUUUGCCAAAUAAAGUAUCCAGCAAACAGGUAUAAUUCCCUCUCAACUUUAGCAGCUUCUUGUUUUUAAGGAUGUAAAAGAAUUCUGAGAUAAAGUCAUACUCCAUCUUGACUAACAUUAUAAGUGCAUGCUUGAAUGUUUA